UAGGGGUAGCCAAAUGCUAAAACGGAUUAAUAUAACAAUCAUUAUAUUGUCUAGGAGUCGCCUCCAGUACCCUAAUCAGUAGUCAACAUUACGGGAUCAAGCAUUUGAAGACAUGUCAGACGACAAUCCAUUCAAGAGAGAUUACGUCUUUGUUUUCACUGGUGUUUACACACGUUAAGAGACUCAUUAGUAACUUUCACAAAACAGUGCGGUACAUUUCCAGAAUCAAGGAACGUAUUCAACGCUAUUGGGAUUAUAAGAUAAAGCGUAACACAGAACUCUUCCUCAAGGGGAAAAUCUUAGAUUUCAUCAGCCACUGGACAGAGCAUUAUCAGUGACUAGUCAAGUGUGACCCAGAGCUUUCCUAUGGUGGCCAGCCAUCAGCUGGCCAUGGGCAACGGUUCAAUCAAAGCCCCACAGCCAGAGAACAGGUUCCCAGCCUCGGGCCUCAAGGUGGAGCCCCCAGCCAGCACAUCGUGGAACACAGAGACCCUGAGGCUCAGGAUAGCACAUCUGGAAGGGGAACUGGCCAAGAGGGACCAGGAGUUCAAAGCCCAAGAGCUGAAGCUGCUGAGCCUACAGACAGAGCUGGAUGUUAAAGUCUCCCAGAUAGAAAAGCUCCAGGAUGCAAUCGGUUACAACAACCAGGGUUGCUACCCCCCGACUCCCAAACACAAUGGCCACCGCCUACUCAGUGUCAUCAACCAGGGUCCCACACGCUUCCACAGGCUGGCCGUGGAGGUCCACCGCCGGCUCAAAGCAAAGGAAGGUGUGUCAGCUGAACCCACCUCUGGGCUCUUCUGUGGGGGUUUCAGAACCCACCAUUUGUCAACAGAGAGGGCCCGUGUCCGCAAGGACUCCAGCACCAAAAAACUGAUCAAUGAUGCCAUCAUGAACAAUGAUUUCCUGAAGAAGCUGGAUCCUCAGCACAUGAGGGAGAUGGUGGAGUGCAUGUAUGAGAGGACCUACACCGAAGGCCAGGUGGUCAUCCAGGAGGGGGAGCCUGGGAACUACCUCUAUGUCCUGGCAGAUGGCUUAUUAGAGGUCAUCCAGAAUGGUAAAUUGCUCGGAGAGAUGCGCCCCAGGACUGCCUUCGGAGAGUUGGCUAUAUUGUAUAACUGUAAGAGAACAGCUACCGUAAAAGCUGUAUCCAAGGUUCAUAUCUGGGCUUUGGACCGCCAGACCUUCCAGAGUAUUAUGAUGAAGUCUACACAGGCCACGCAAGAGGAGUACUUCAGCUUCUUACGCAGUGUGUCUUUGUUGAGAGAUCUGCCAGAAGAGAAACUUGCCAAAAUCGUUGACUGUCUGGAAAUUGAUUAUUUUGAUAAAGGAGAGUACAUUAUUCGAGAAGGCGAGGAAGGGAACACUUUUUUCAUCAUAGCUAAAGGAGAGGUGUGUGUCACCCAGACCACGGAAGGCUGGACUGAGCCUCAGGAGAUAAAGACUCUAGGUGUGGGCGACUACUUUGGAGAAAAAGCCCUCAUAAGUGAGGAUGUGCGUUCAGCGAACAUCAUCUCCACUGAGAAUGACACCCAGUGCUUAGUGGUAGACAGAGACAACUUCAACCAGAUUGUUGGCACCUAUGAGGAACUGCAGGCGUAUCUAAAAGAAUAUGUUAAAGAGCUCUCCCUAUGUGACGAGAGGAGAAAUGCCCUGCCCAUUUCCCCCCUUAUUGACUCGUCCCCGGAGGCCCAGGAAGUGCGUCGGCUCAGGGAGAGAAUUGCAGUCAUCCCCACCCAUGACCCCUUCCAGGACCUGAAGGUCAUAGCCACACUGGGCAUGGGCGGCUUUGGCCGAGUAGAAUUGGUGAAACUGACGGAUGAAGACACCACAUUUGCUCUGAAGUGCAUUAAAAAGAAGCACAUUGUGGACACGAGACAACAAGAGCACAUCUACUCUGAAAAGAACAUCCUUCAGCAAACCAACUCACAGUUUAUUGUCAGGUUGUUUCGGACAUUCCGGGAUGACAAGUAUGUGUACCUCCUCAUGGAGGCCUGCCUGGGCGGGGAGCUGUGGAGUAUACUACGGGACAUGAGUUACUUUGAGGAGCAGACAGGGCGCUUCUGCAUCGCCUGUGUCCUGGAAGCUUUUGACUACCUCCACACCAGAGGAAUCAUCUACAGGGACCUGAAACCUGAGAACCUGCUACUGGGUGCAGAAGGCUACGUCAAGAUGGCUGACUUCGGCUUUGCUAAGAGGAUUGGUAUGGGGAAAAAGACAUGGACGUUCUGCGGCACCCCUGAGUAUGUAGCACCAGAGGUUAUCAUGAACAAGGGCCAUGACUUUGGAGCUGACUGCUGGUCUUUGGGGAUCCUUAUCUAUGAGCUGCUGACUGGCAGUCCACCCUUUUCGGGCACCGACCCUAUAAAGAUCUACACCAUGGUCCUUCAUGGGAUUGAGAAGGUUGACUUCCCCAAGAGAAUUAGCAAGCGUCCCGAUGACCUCAUCAGAAGACUCUGCAAGCUCAACCCAGUGGACCGGCUUGGUAAUAAGAAGAACGGCAUUAUUGACAUUAAGAAACACAAGUGGUUCCAGGGCUUCAACUGGGAGGGGCUGAGACGCCAAAAGCUAAUUUCCCCACUGAAGAGAGAGCUGAAGGGGCCGAUGGACCACAGUCACUUUGACACCUUCCCACCAGAGCUGGAGGACCCUCCAGACGAGCUGUCAGGCUGGGAUAAGGACUUCUAAAGUGUCCCCGGAGCCUCCACAGACAUUACUGAAUUCUGUAAUCCCACAUCUUCCAUGCAGUGGUCAUACCUGCAUUACAGCGCCUACCUGUUGCUGCCUUGCUGGCCUGAAGAAAAACAAGAUGGCCUCUUUUUUCAAGGCUGUGUUAGCCUCUUGGUCAGAGGAACAGUGUAUUGGGCCUCUUGAAACUCUCAUGAGAGAGCAAGGGCAUCAUAAAGUAGUGGAAAUACUUUUAA